AUGAACACAAAGCAUGAUCUCUGCCCCAGACAGCUUUCCAUGUACGAGAGAAAGAAGCUAGAACAAGCCAUACCCGUGGGGCUGAGGCUCCCAUCGGGGGGAAGGGGGGCCGUCACCGUGUCCCUGCAGGCUGAUUUUGAUGAGGCAGCUGAGGAUGUGAAGAAGCUGAAAACAAGGCCAGAUGAUGAAGAACUGGAAGAACUCUAUGGGCUCUACAAACAAUCCGUAAUUGGAGACAUUGAUAUUGGGUAUCCAGGAAUGUUAGAGUUACAAGGCAAGACUGAGUGGGAAGCAUGGAACCUCCAAAAAGAAUCAUCAAAGGAAGACGCCACGAGUGCCUAUAUUUCUAAAGCAAAAGAGCUGAUAGAAAAAUACAGAAUUUAUAAUCCAGCAUAUGAAAAAACUUUCCCUUCGAAGCCUUCAUAA